UUCUGUUUCCGACAUGUCUAUGUGAAGCAAUGCACGUAGCCUCCUCCUCCUGAAGAUUUCUAUAAACCCCGUCAUAGAUCUCUCUCUCCUCUUCUCUUACUUAUCUUCUAUUAACUCUCAAGUUCAUGAAAGUGUUUCCUUAAUCUGUUCUUGGCGUUUUUUUUUCUUUUAUUGGAUUUCAUCACUUUCCUCAAACUUUUAUUUUUUUGCUUUAUACCAUAUAAAGCUAAACCCUGAAAAUUUAUUUACAUUAUCCCAUAUUAUUAUAAUAUAAAAAGAUGAUAUUAACCAAUGGUGGUGAUAAUUACUAAUACAAAUCUAAGAUGGGUGUUUUGCUCAUUCUAUCGCCAAGUGUUGUUGCCUUCUUCUCUCUAUCCUUUUUUUUUAAUUUUUAAUUUUGCUUUGAGUGGAGAGUACUUAAUGAGAGCAAAACAGUAGAUUUCCAGAUCUAAUCACAGUCGUGGGACCUCGUGGUCAUGAGUUUUCUGUGAAAGAAAAAAGCUCUUUUGUCGUCUUGCUCCUUUCUUUGGGCUGUGGAUUCAGACACAACUUGUCGGAAAAUUCUUGAGAUUUUCAAAUUUAGAACAAGUAAAGGGUUGAAAAUUUCUGAGCGAGAGAGGGAGAAGAAGAAAUGGGUCAUUACGCAGCAGUGUGGGAUGAUAAAGCAGCUACUGAGAUUACCAAAGACUGGAAUGGCAUUGACCAAGUCCUUCUCCGUAACCCACACGGAGCUUCAGCAAAGAUUAGCUUACAUGGAGGACAAGUGAUAUCGUGGAGGAAUGACCAAGGCGAAGAGCUCCUUUUCACUAGCAACAAGGCCAUCUUCAAACACCCAAAAUCAAUGCGUGGAGGGAUCCAGAUUUGCUAUCCUCAGUUUGGAGAUUGUGGAUCACUGGAUCAACAUGGGUUUGCAAGAAACAAAAUCUGGGUUAUCGAUGAGAACCCACCUCCCCUUGCCUCAAACGAGUCCUUUGGAAAAUCUUUUGUUGAUCUUCUUCUCAAAUCAUCAGAAGAGGACUUGAAGCAAUGGCCUCACAGUUUUGAGUUCCGUCUCAGGGUUUCACUUGCCAUAGAUGGAGACUUAACAUUGAUUUCUCGGGUUAGAAACAUCAAUGGCAAGCCCUUUAGCUUCUCAUUCGCUUAUCAUACUUACCUCUCUGUCUCAGACAUAAGUGAAGUGAGGGUUGAAGGGUUAGAGACACUGGACUACUUAGACAACCUCAGCAAAAGAGAGCUUUUGACUGAACAAGGCGACGCAAUAACCUUUGAAUCUGAGAUGGACAGGACUUACCUUAGAUCUCCCAAAGUGGUAGCGGUUCUCGACCAUGAACGGAAAAGAACAUAUGUUAUCGGAAAGGAAGGACUUCCAGACACCGUGGUAUGGAAUCCAUGGGAGAAGAAAUCGAAAACCAUGGCUGAUUUUGGGGACGAGGAGUACAAAAGCAUGCUUUGUGUGGACGGUGCAGCACUAGAGAGACCAAUCACUUUGAAGCCAGGAGAAGAAUGGACCGGCAAGCUUAUGUUAACUGCUGUUAAAUCCAGUUUCUGCUUUGAUCAACUUGAACUCCAGAGCAAAGGAUUCUGAUUCUUUUAGAAUCUCAUCCUUAAAGAAUAUUAUGUUUAUUCCAUUGCAAAGGUCUCUGCAGUUUUUUGGUACUGCAACAAUGGAAAGCAUAGUCUUCGCUGUUUCUAGUUUAGUUGCUUGUUUGUUCUCUCAUUUCUCAGUAGGGUUGUUUAUAAGCUGGUGAUUCUCAGACCAGACUUGAUGUAGUAGUGACAAACAAAAAGCCUAUGUUUUUUUCUCUUGGCAA